UGCAGAGGAAAACUUUUACAGGGUCUGAAAGUAAAGAAGGAAAAGGAACAUCUAAACCAGAAAAUUUGGUGCCAUUUGGGGAUGUGGUUGGCUGUCUGGCUAUUCAUGUAAAGAACUGCAGUCAUUUUACACCUAACAUCAAUUUACAGCACGACGAAUUUUGCAUUCGUAUCUCUAUAAACAACAUUGUGAAAUUUACAAAACUGUGUAGCUUGCUAUCCCAAAAUAUACCAUUUAUGCAUAAUGAAAAGAAAAUUAUGAUUAAGUUUGAUGAAGUGAAGUAUUUUUCUGUACAGGUUCCCAGACGUCAAAAUGAUGCCCGGAAUAAAAUUUACUUGGAUCUAGUGCAAUAUGAUAAUAAAGAAAAUCAGACUUUGUUAGGGCGUGUUCAAGUACACCUUUAUGAAGUAAUUCAGUUAAAACCUCUUCAGAAAAUUGUUGAGCCACCUAUGUUUAUGAAUAUUGCACCGCCUCCGGAAAGAACAGACCCUAUGACAAAUGUUAUUAUACCACAGUCAAUAGAAUAUCCAGCAUUCUUAUCCCCAGACCUGAAAGUUACUGUUGGGAUGCCACCUCCAGUAGCCCAAUCCACUCCAGUGCAACUUGAAAAACUUCAGCAACAACCUCGGGAAAGGCUGGAAAAAAUGAAAAAAGAAUAUAGAGAUCUGCCUACUUGGAGAGAAAAAGCUACAUAUUUAGAAGGAAUUCUUAACCCCAAAUUGGAACCUAAUAAACUUAAGGGAAGUAAUAUCCAUGAGGUACCUGAAAACCAAAUUGAAAAGAAGCCUGAAGAUACAUCAGAUAUCUCUUAUAUAAAUAAGGAAGUUGAAACUAUUCCAACUGAGGAUAGAGAUCAUCCAAAGGAGUUUGCCUCUAAAAAGGAUGAACCAGCAAAACAAAGAACUGCUCUAUUGUUCACUAUUCCUAACCUGACAAUAACUGAAGGGAACAAAAUAGUUCCUCUAGAGGAAUACCAUUAUGAAUCUGCUCCAGACAGAAAACUGAAAAAGCCCUCUCAAUCAGAAGAAAAAGUAUUAAUUAAACAUCCUAGCAUUUUAAAACCACAGUCAUCUGCAUCAGAGAGCUCAUAUUGUUCAUUUAACACCCUGGAUGAAUAUGUAAAGCUCCCUGGUUUUAUACAUGACUUAAUGCAAGAUAAGAACUGUGGAUGGCUAAAUACAAAUAAAAAAGGAAAAACAGUGGCUUUUUUUCAAAAACAAUACAUGGUAGCAUCUUUGAGACCAGAACAUUUAGAACCCAAACCAAAAUAUCAGGUGAGUAAUCUCAACACCAAGAACGAUUUUGAUCCUUUUCUAAGGCCUAUAAACAACAAAAUAUCAGCCAGUAAAAGGAACUAUGAAGAUAUGUCCAAAUAUAGAAACACUUUAAGUACAGAUGUUAUAGAACACGAGGACCAAGAUCCUCCUGAUUCAACACAUUCAAAACCUUUAAGCCCUACUGAUACAAACCAGCCCAAUGGUCUUGAUAGCAGCAUUGUAGACACUAAAAAACAGUCAAGCCCUACUGAUACAAACCAGCCCAAUGAUCUUGAUAGCAGCAUUGUAGACACGAAGAAACAGUUAGCCCCUGAUCCUGAUACCAUCACAAAACAGACUUUAAGCAGUACGAAUAAUUUAGAUUGUGAUCCUACCAUCACCACAAUAAAAAAUUUAGAUGUUAAGAAUCACUUGAAGGAAAGACUAGUAGCUGCAUCUUUGCCAAACUUUACAAGAGAAUCAUCACCAACUGAAAGUAUAGAUAGAACUAUAGGUCGCCUCUCAAAAUCAUUAAGUUUUACUGACCUCCCACUCAACUUACAGCAAACUGUGGUGCUCAGCCCAAAUUUAAGUAAAAAUCUUGAAGACCUUUUAGAUAAAAUAUUUUCUAAAGCAAACAUUCCUAAUGACACUGAAGCAAGAGAGAAAAGCCCUAGUUCUCCACUUCCAGGUGUUCAUGCUAACCCACCAAAAAUUCUGGAAGAUAAUAUACUUGAAAAAAUCCAAGAUUUAAACAGCUGGCUUUCAAAAGGAGACAUUUUGAAUUCAGAGUCUCCUGUAAAUACAAAAAUUAAAGAUAUUCCUGGAGUUUCAUUUUCAGAAGAUGGGCCAGGAAAUUCUCUAGAGAUAAACAGGGACCUCGACUCUGAAAACCACUUGGAGGAUGAUGAGAUAGCUUUCCCAAUUAAAAAAAAAAGUACUGUCAAAAAGAAACAUUUAGAAAGUGAAGUGUUGAGCACCGAACCAGAUUUCAGUAGCCUCACACAUGAUUUCAUUAUAAAGCAGAUAUUCACUGCCCCAUUCUUCUCCAAGUUGGCGAUGGGAGUGGAAGAAUUGAGUGAGACACAGCUCUGCUGGCAGGAUCAAUUGUCCACAUCUUGGGAGAGUUUAUAUUCAAAUACUUCAGGUCACAAUGAAAAAAUUGAUGAUGGGGAAGAAUUGUCAGAGGCCCAAUCUAUUGCAAGCCAGAUAAUUCAAUCAUUGCCUGUAGAUACUCUUUUAGGAACUGGGAUCAUCAAAGUGGUAGAAUUGGAUGAUGGAGGCCAGAAGAGUUCUUUGCUGCACACAGAGACAGCCUUUGCUGGAGAAAAACCAAAAGGCUCCACAGAAGAUUACUCGGAAAUCAAGAGCAAAACAGAUUUUCUUGCAAGGCAGAAUAUACCCAUCAUUCCCAAAGAAACCACUUCUUUUUUGAAUAGAGCCACAUUUAUAGACAAAGGCCAAAAUACCUCCACACAAGAUACAAAAUAUCAGUCAACACCAGAUGAAAAAACAGAUUUGCCAAGUAAUGGUCAGAGGCUUGAUAGAGAAGAAAAUGAUCUAAAUUCUACCUUAGAAAAUUUAAAUAACUUGUCUAUGAGCAAACUUAAUGAGCCAGAUGUAAUAAGGUUAAAAUCCUUUUGUAAAAACGUAUUUAGUAUUUUUUUAGGACAUAAUCAAUCUGAAAAGAGAAGACAACCAGAAAAAGAACUAGACAAACUAAUCCAACCUCCUCUUCUAAAUAAUGCAGAAGACCUUGAAGAAAUCAAAGAGAAUUUUGGUGAAGCAGACAAAUUAGACAGAAAACCUAAUUUGAAUCCAAAGCUGGGUGUAUUUCUAGAAACACUCUCAGAGUCAGAAAUUAAAAAAUUUAAAUCUGAGUUAAGUAAACAUAUCCAGCGUUACCUUAUAGAAAGACUUUCAGAAUCAGGAGAUAUCACCAAAGAGGAUUUAUCCAAAAUCUAUCAAAAUCUGUAUUUGAUGAAUGAGAAAACAGAACCAAAAGGGCAAAAUGUUUCUCUGGAGAAAUCUUCAGAAAUUAUAAAAGAAACAACGUCUUUUGUAGAUAAUUUUAAUCAUCAUUUCAUAGAUAAACAUUUGGAAAUAAGACUGAGAUCCUUUUUAAAUGAAGUUCUGCAAAACUAUUUCCAAAAAAAACCUUCGGAAAGCAGUUUAUUUAAAGAGACAGAAACUGAACCCGUGCACUCAAGCAUAUCUUCUCUAAAUUCUGAAAGUUCUUCAUUAUCUUUUCAUGAGUUAGAACAAGACACUUCAAAAGGGAAUUUUGGUAGAAGGCUUGAAGUAAACAUGAAAUAUCCUCUAGAUAAAUCUCUGCAAAACUGUAUUAUGGCUUUAUCAGAAAAUGAACAAUUAAAUCUAAAAGCUGAUUUAAGUAAAUACCUCCAGAUACUUGUUAUAGAUAAACUUUCAAAAUCAGGACUAAUCACUGAAAGGCAAUUAAGGGGAAUCAGCAACCAUAUAGAUUUGAUUAAGUCUAGUUUCACACCAUUAAAAUGUAUAAAGCCAGAUUUAUCUUUCAGAGAUGAAAAUAAAUUUAUGUGUGAGGAUUCAGAAAAGCAAAAUAAAUAUCCAGAAGUUGCUCAUGAAGCUACUUCACAAAAGUCUCUUGAGGAUAGAGUUGUAGAAACAGAAUUGACCAGGAAGGACGAAAAGGAGUAUUUUCCAUUACAGAAUAUUAAAGGAAAUCCAGCAAUAAUUAGUGAACAGAAAACAAUGACUGUAAUUAAAGUACAACCUUCUUCCAACAAAAAUAUCCAAGCAAUUCCAUCAAAGAAGUCAUCAGAAAAACUUACAGAUAUAGUACUGAAGAAACAAAGGAAAGCACAUGGUUUCAUGCAGCUUUCUGAAGCAGAAACUUUUGAUUUCAAAACAGAGAUUCAAAACCCACACAGUUGGAAUGGUAAAUCAGAAAUAACUCAAUCAAACACUUGCUAUGAAAGCACACUAAAAAUGAAGUCCCUUGAAAAAACGGACCAGAAUAACUAUAAAUUGAUGGUACAGGAAAAACGUGAAGUAUUGUUGCCACCAAACCCUAGAAUUCCUUAUUGCACAAUGCCGAAUGAAGAUGAAGAAUACAUAGGUAAAUUCACCUUUCCUCCCACGCAGAGUAACGCUGCAACUCAUUUCAGUUCUGAGACUGGGAACAACAACUGUCAGAGACUGAAAGGAUAUAAUAACAAUAAUAAAAAAGAACAUUUAGAAAUACUUGCACAUUAUGAAAAAGAAAUACAAAGUCUUUAUAUAAAACCAAGUGAAAUUUGCAAUGAAAACAGUGCUAAGGUCCUUGAAUCGGUUAAAUAUAAAGUUGUGGGAGCUGAGAAAAACUCAAAACCAUCCCUCUUCCCAGAAGUAUUAAAGAGAGAAAAUCUAAAGCCCAAGGUCCGAAAAGAAAGAGAUCAUAUCAACCAGCAAACAAAGCCAUCUAAGACAGUUAAGAUACUGGCAUCCACGCCUCCCGCCAUGAGAAGGCCAAGGAAAUCUGUCCCAAAGACAUUGCUUCAUUGGACUGCAAGAAAAACUAUACAUGAUUGUUCGGAUAGAUUUGAGGAUUUUCCUAUGACCCCAUUUCAGCAUCUUAAAAAACUGAAAUCAAGAUCAAAGCUUUCAGAAAAGAAGCCAGAUGAGUUAAAACAUGCAAGACCGUGUACUGUUCCGGGGGUUAACAAGCAUCGAGAAAGCUACACUGGAAAGUUUACAGUUUCAGCAGGCUUAGUUCAUUGAAAUGAUGCAGUCCCAUAUUAUGAAAUCCAUAAAACAGUCAAAAAAUUUUAAAAAGAAAAUGCUGAAAAUGUUUGCUCACUUGUAGUAUUAUCCAAUUGUUAAAUAGCUCAGAAUGAUAUGUGAGACCGACAGUAAGAAUAUCAUUUCUUCAAUUAACAAAAUGGUUUGGAGAUCUGUCCUUUUCUGUGAUAGAAGUCAACAACCAAAUUUCAUCUUGUUAGAACCAUUUUGUUUUAAUUAAAAUGUAAAAGAAACGCUUUUUGAUGUAACUGUUUUCAUUUAUGAAUUAUAGGGAACAAACCCAGAGAUACAUAUUCAGUUCAUAUUCAUUAGCAACAUUGUAUUCCUAGCUUCUUUUUCACUAUAUGACAGUAUUGCUUCAAUUCGUAGCUCUCAGAUUUUUCAAAUUUGUUUUAUGUUCUGAAUGAUCUCUACCCACCAGUUUUUAAGUUCUCUGUGUGCUGUUGAUCCCCUUAUACUCUUCAGCUUUAGUUAUAUUUCUUGAUUCAAAAUAAUAUAAUUCUCUAGGCCUAUAAAACUUGUUAAUUUUAAUAUUGGCUAUCACAACUUUUUACACUAUAAAGAUGAUAGAGAACAGAUUUAAUAUGAAUUCCUGAGGCAGCUCCUACAUGUAGUGAUUUUCUUGAACAACUAUGAA